CAAGAAGCCGCACGCAUCGGGAACAAAGUAAUAGAUUUUGCGCUAUGAUGCAUGGAGGUGCUCUGCACCUCCACUCUUUUCUUGACGUCUCCCGAAGUGCUUUAGGUUUCCUCCCACUUUUCGGCCGAGUAGAUGGGUUUUUUCUUCGUGGAUUAUUUUGUGAUAUUGUUGUUGUUGUAUACGGAUAAAUUGGAGAGCUUGUUUUAUACCUGCUUUCCUUGCUUUUCUUUUCCUGUCCUGUCAUUGGGCUUGGAUUGAGCUAUUCUGAUUGAGUCGGAAAGAUAACGAUAACGUCUGGUCUAGAAGCGUACAGUACAGUGAGUGAGAUGGCGGGCUCUGGGACUGGUAUCGAGACGGAUGAGACGACGUCUCUUUUGGGUAAUGGUAAUGGCGAGACGGCCAAUGGAAGUGCACCAGACAGCUACAGUUCGAUUGUCAAUAGGGAGAGGAAUGGGAAUGGGAAGGGGACAGGUGGGAGUGAUGAGGAAGCUGAGGGAGAGUCGGUGGAGAAUGAGAAUGAGACUGAAAAUCCGCUGUUUGAGGGACGGAAGGAUAUGAUGGCCAAGAUGGGGAUGCUGUUUCCUGCUGUUUCUAUUGGGGUAGGUAUCCCCUUUUCACUCUAUUCCUCUUCUGUCCUCUUAGCAGAAGUAACUCCUCUUGACCUACCUACCCUUUUGCGAUGAACUCGCGAGGUUUGCACAGUCGCGUUGGAAUUAUUGUGUUUAUGAGGGCGGGAGGUGAUGAUGAAUGGAUGUUUUCUGACGAUGCGAAAAUAUAGAUUCUGCUGAGUAGUAUGGAUCAAACGCUGGUUGUGAGUACGUAUGCGAGGAUGGGGAGUGAUUUGAAUGCGUUGAAUAAUACGAGUUGGAUUGCUACUGCGUAAGUCGGUUUCCCCAGCGAUUUGUUUUCCAAGCAGGUGGUUAAGAAGGGGGUAUAUGGGAGGGCGAGAGGAGGGGUCUCAUACUCUGCCAGAGGUGGGGAGUCGUUCCUUCCCUCUCAGUAGCUUUCAAGGUCUUAUCCUGUCUUGUGCGGACUCUACAUCCAUGGGCAGUUCGUGGUAAGAGGGGAAGGAUCGGUCUUGAAUCUCAAACUCGGCCACUUGUGUCGCGUUGUCUUGGUUGAGUUGAUGGUCAGUCAGGGUCAUUGAGGGAAGGAGCGACCUCAUUACCUCAACCAAGACCAACCUUUGUCUCCACUCACGCCUCUUGCACGAGAAUCAUGUCGAGAAUGGGGUGAGACACUUGAACUCAACUUGAGCUCGAUUCUCCUUUCGAUCCAGUCUUUGUCCUCGCUCGCUAUAGUGGCACGACUAGAACAGUCUUGGGAGUACGAGGGAAGGAGCGAGCUCACGUCUUUUCUCGAGUUUUGAGAUAGGUCGAGCCUUGAACUUUACUUGGAGAAGGAACGCUCUCAUUCCCUAGUGCCUCAGCCUCUCUACCUUUAUAUCAAACCUCCUAGGCUUUCACGACCUUAGAAACGCUGACAUUUGUAGUUACUUUCUCACUCUCACAAGUUUCCAACCACUCUAUGGGAAGUUGAGUGAUAUAUUUGGAAGAAAGUCAUGUCUGCUAUUUGCAUACUCAGUUUUCGGCAUCGGCUGUCUCUUUUGCAGUCUUGCUCGAAAUCUAAAUGAGUUGGUUGCCGCGAGGGCAUUUGCAGGUAUCGGAGGUGGUGGGAUGACUACAGUAGUCAGUAUCUUGCUUAGUGAUAUUGUACCACUGAGGAAUAGAGGGAUGUGGCAGGGAUAUGUUAAUCUUGUCUACGCAUUGGGUUCUUCCAUUGGAGCACCUUUGGGUGGUAUCUUAGCAGACUCAAUUGGAUGGCGAUGGUAAGUUUAUAACCCUAAUAUGAUCAGAAAGGGUUACUAAACUAUAUAGGGCAUUCUUGGGACAAUUCCCUCUGUGCAUUGUGGCUUCCAUAGCCGUCUACUUCCUUCUCCAACUUCCCAAGACGGGAAACUCACACUGGCUCUCCAAGCUCAAGAAAGUCGACUUCCUUGGUGCUUUCACUCUCGUCUUUGCCGUCUUCUCCCUGCUCGUAGGCAUGGAUCGUGGUAGCAAUGUUUCCUGGAAGUCAAAAUUCGCCAUCAUCCCUUGCUGUGUUUCCAUCCCCCUAUUUGCGCUUUUCAUCCUCAUCGAGAUGAAAAUUGCCUCUCAUCCUUUCGCGCCGGGUCAUGUCAUCUUCCAUCCUUCUCUGGUAGCUAGCUACCUCACCAAUUUCUUUGGUCUGGCUGCUAGUAUGGGCUCGAUCUUCUACGUACCACUUUACUUGCAGGCCGUCGAGGGACUUUCUCCAACUGCGGCUGGGUUACGGCUUGUGCCUGUUAUGCUUGCUUCUGUGGCUGGGUCGCUAUUUGGUGGGAUUUAUAUGAAGAGGACUGGGAGGUAUUACUUCCUCACAAUUUUCUUGGUGUUUAUCGGCAUGCUGGGGACAAUUGACAUUUUCCUCACUUCGGGUGCGAUUGUUUCUUCAGCAGUUGGCAUUAUUGUGGGUGUUUGUAUUGCAACCUUUGGCAUCGGCGCGAGUGUCACUACAACCCUUCUCGCUGUUCUCGCCAAUGCGGAUCCAUCUGAUCAAGCAAUCGCCACUGCCUGCACCUAUCUUUUUCGCUCUCUUGGAUGUGUGACAGGUGUCAGUAUUGCUUCAACGGUUGUGCAACAGAGGUUGAGGACAACGCUGAGGGAGGAUUUGAAUGGCAGGGAUGUUGAGGAGAUAGUGAGGAGAGUGAGAGAAAACUUAGACUUCAUCAAGACGCUGGAUCCGGAUGUUAGGGUUCUUGUGAGGGGGUGUUAUCGCGCGGCUGUUAAUAGUGCUUUUGGGGCGGGGAUCGGGAUUGUUUGUUGUGCUUUGGUGGCUUCUUGUUUUAUAAGGGAGAAGAAGUUGAGCAGGUGAUUGGGUUUUGUAGCUUUAGAUGCGUCAUAAGAUUUAGGAAGCUACUUAGCUGGGUGACUUUGGUUUUGCUGGGAUAGAGUCAAGCAACAGAUUAUUGAUUCCAUGGUUGGAAUAAAAGUGCGUUGAAAGCUCCAGCAAUAACUCGUUACGCUCCGCUACCUCCCUUGAAAAUAACAAAAGAAAGCUGGAGUAAACUGUUUCCUCGCUGUACCCGAUUCUUUGGAUUAAGUGUAAGCGAGCCCAAAUCUCUUAGGAUUAUUCCUUCACUUGUCCUACGAUUUUCGGUUAAUUACAUUGGUUACUCGAGAUAGAUGGAACAAUUAAAUAUUUUGAAUUAAAUUAUGGCAAUGAUAAGUGAGUUAUCUACUGGUUAAAGUUCGUUUACCAGGAGCCCCUUUUUCGAUCGCUUACUAGAGAAGUGGAUUAAGAUACUUCUUUGACACGGUACUGCUGAAAGAUAUGUGGGCAGAAUGUCCAUUUUGUUAUAUUCAUUUAGCGCCGACUAGUCUGGAAGGAUAUAUUAUACUUUCUUGAUUGUAGCUAGAAACACCUUUCAACUCCUUGUACCAGCUCCCAACUACUGUAGGGUUGCAUGCCACCUAAAUCUCCAUCGGCAUUUGCAGCCAUUGAUAAUCACAGCGAUCAGAAUGAACUCGUCACUUUAACAUGGCUGAUUCGCACUUAGAAUCUCACCUCGCAAAUCCCGCAACGGUCCGCAAUGUAGUAGUCCGCCAUACUCAUUUGUAAUGAAGCUCCCCCUUCCCACUUUAUUAAGCGAGGAGGUGCUCAAUCACAUCAUUUGGUUUGUUUCGCUUUGAUUUAAUUUCAUUGGGAUCUUCGUACUGUAUGCUUGAAAGUAAGCUUAUAUGCUUUAUGUCCGAUGCUGACGAAUUGGAAUGUUGUGUUUGCCAAGGAGAGUUCUUGAUGCAGUAAUCAAGUCGUUCGGUGAUACCAUCGAUACCUCGUUAAUGUGAUGCCAAGCAUGUCGAGAGAGAGAUGUAUAAAAACCACUUUUCAAUACGGAACGGUAGAAAACAUUCUUCUCUUUACCACUCCUCUCUCCCACCAAGAAUCCAACAUACCUCUAGAGAAAAACAAA